ACCGAGCUUAUAAACAAAGGUCCCUUAAGAUGCAAUUUGUUGUUUCUCUCAUGUCUUUUAGUAAUACACUUUGACAGUCUUAAAUAUAAUCCCUAUUACUCUUUCAUCAUAGCAUUGAUGGUGAAUUUAUAUAGAAGUGGAACCAAAUUAUGGGAAUCGUAACAUGUAAGAACUAAGCAGCAGUCGCUAAUAGGUUAGCGAAUCGUGGUCGGGGAUAGCUAGCUAAAAGCAUUCAGCGGGAGCGGACAGCGCCGAUUAGUAGUAGUGAUCACUCGUCAGUCGCUCAGCUGUUCGCUCUACGUUCAGUUGAAACCUUAAAGAUGGUGACGGAUGACGAGCUAUCCAGGUUAGCGGAGCAGGCUUUACUUCAAGAAGCCAAAAGAGGUGCAAUUCGAGCAGAAAUAUCUGGUCCAUCUGGUUGGCUCAAGAAAAAUUUACCAUCUACAAACAAGAAGUUUUUGCACAAUACUAUCUUAGGUGCUCUCGCUGCCAAUAGAGUGAAAGAAAGAAAAGAGAAGAACCUCAGUGAAAUUGGAAAGCGCAAGCGACAGCUUGAAGAAAAGGAACAAAAUACUUACAAGAAAAUAUACAUUCAAGCAAGUACAAAACGUAAGGAAUCUUCAGCUCCAAAAAGUAUUCCAAGUAAAACAACAGUGGAAAGGGACCCAAAAAAUAAAAUAGAAUGGAGUGAAGAUGGCUUAGAAUUUACAAAUGCGAGUGUAUUGAAAAAGAGAAUUGGUGUAGAGCAAAAAAAUAGUCAUAAGCAAGAAAAGUCAAAUGGUAGUUUCCCAAGAAAAAUAAAAUUUGUAAGUAGUAAACAUACUUUUGUAGAUGAAUCUCUUAACAAUAGAUAGAAAUUAUACGUAGUUAAUAUGACUUAAUACAGUAUUUUUAUAUUUUGUUCCAUGAACAAGUUAUUAUGUAUUUGUACUGUUACUGAAAUGUAUUACUAUUUGCUAAAAUGGAGAUAUAAACAAAAACUUUUUAUCUUUGGAAUGGGUUUUAACUUUGCAUUGCAGAGACCUGAUGUUUAUUGAACAGUUUUUCGUGGAUACACUUAUAAUUAUUUUAUUCCUUUAGAUUAAAACAAUUAUAAAUGUAUCCAUGAAAAAUUGUUCAAUAAACAUCAGGUCUCAGCAAUGCAAAGCCAAAACCCGUUCUAAAGGUAAAAAGUUUUUGUUUAAGCUUAUAUCUUCAUUUUAGCAAAUAGUAACGCCUUCCAGUAGGAAUCAGAGGAAUUUGUUUCUGGUGAUAGAAAUUAAUUUAUCAAUAUAUUGUGGUUCAGAUCCCACAAUAAGCUGAAGGUCCUGUUGCUAGGUGACCAAUUGGUUCCUAGCCAAAAAAUUUCUAGUCCUUCAGGCCAGCCCUUGGAGAGCUGUUACUCAGCUCAGUGGUCUGGUAAAACUAAGAUAUACUUAACUUAAUUUUAGUAACAUGAAUGCCAUUUGCACUGUAAGUAGAAUUUAUUUCUUAGUAAAAUGAAAAGCACUAGUCAUAAAGUACUAUUUUCUGGAAAUUGGCACCUGAUCCUUUUUCUUGUGCUAGUUUUGUCUAGAUUUGUUGUGCAAGAGUUUUCUUUAUAUUGUGUUCUUCAGUUGACAGAUUGGGAAAGUUGAUAUUAAUAUUGCUAAGGAAUGUAUUGUAGAAAUUCCAUAUGUUGUUAAUAUUUGUUUAUUUCUUUGUUUACUGUACUUUGUAUCAUUUUGUAAUGUGUCAGUGUGAUAUGCAUUGUCUGUAGAGUGAGAAAAUAUAUUUGAAUGACUGUAAGCUGAUAAAAGUUGUACCUAUUGUCAUUUGGGUAAAGGGAUAUAAAAAUGAAUGUUUCCUGUAAGUGUAUCCCAUGUUUUAACAAAGGAUUCUCCUUAGCAGCAUAUCUUUAAUGUGGUUAUUUGUGCUUGACAGUAUGUGGAUGUGUCAAUGUUGUAAGAGUAAAGUAUGCAUUUUAAUGAAGUAAAAUUUUGAAUUCAGG